AUGGCCUACUCAAGAGCCAGCCAAGGGCUGUCGCGGUCACUUACUCGUCGCUCUGGUUUCAUUCGCCUCUACUCUUCGAAACCUCAAGCAAUCAACAUCGAAUCAAUUCUCGCCGAACCAAGCUGGUCAGUCCGGUCUCUCCUACCAGACCAGUCCUCAGAGCCUUCCACACCAUCAGUAACACCGAAACAACUCCACCACCUCCUCCGCCUCUCGGCCCUACCUCAGCCAGCGAGCGCAGAAGAGGAGCAGCACAUGCUGAAGACCCUUGAAUCUCAAAUUCAUUUCGUCAAAGAAAUGCAGAGCGUGGAUACGACAGGCGUCGAGCCCUUGCGCAGUAUCCGUGAUGAGAGUCCCGCUGCGGUGAAAGAGAUGACUAUUGGACUUGAUAAGCUCAAGGAUGCCAUUGCGAGGGAACGCGUCACGGGGAGGAGACGGCGAGUUCAGCGCGUGCAGGACGAACGAAAUACUCAUCCCGAUGGGUCAGCUUGGGAUGGGAAUGCGCUCGGGUCGGCUUCCAAGACUAAAGGGCCAUAUUUCUUUGUCGACACCGGCAGGGGUAGCUUUCGAGCUUCCCUCAAUGCCACAUCCAUGUUCAUUCCACAUCGUCUUCGGGCGCAUUGUCAUACUAAACCUGUACAAUAUGUUGCAAUAUACCCCGGACAGUUUUUUCCUGUCCUGUGCUUCUUUAUCACUCUGUUCAUGCAAGGUUCAAUCUGA